UGAUUUGAGUUAGACGCAUUUUCGACACAAGAGACCUACGAUUCGGUAGCUUAUGCGCCCAAUUUCUUGGAAAUUACCUUUGUUUUUUUCUCGGUUGUGACAGAUAUUGGACGAACUGGUCAUUAUAAGCACUACAAUAAUGCCGUGAUCAUUACUACUGACGUACUGCUGCAGUUAUAUGUUGUUGGGUCUGAAGAAGCAAUUCUACGUACAAUUUACAAAGAUACAUCAAAACAAGAGGCAACACUGGAAGCAGAGGCAUAUCAGAUAAGUUUGAUAGUUGCAUUUGAACCCAAGACCAAAACAAACUUUGAAUUGAACAAGGAAUUUAAAGAAAGGCGAGGUUCAGCUUCUGUGACAUGAGAAAUGGGUACUCGUCUAUAAAAUUUCCAAAAAGACAAAUAGAUUUUCAAGAGGAUUUCAAGUAACCAUUUUCUGUGCAAUUACAUGGAAAAACAAAGAUUGUAUCUGCCACUUUGAUUAUCCCUGGAUCUGCCUGCCACCGACCUCUGGAUUCACGUGUUCCUGAUAUAAAAUUCUUCACAAUUUUGUAUCGACUGAACCACCUCACCGUGACUGACAAGAUAAACCAAUAUUUCAUCUACAGAAAUAAGGGAUUUAAGAUCAAUUCGUUAAUUUCACAGGCUAUCAAACAACACUCUUUAAAGACAAGGCCGUUGAAUUUUUGCAGGGCUUAAUCGUGACUGACCAUGGAAACUCUACGCCCUUUACACGACGAAAAAGAAAAUCGUCACGUCACCUCUGCCCCAGCUGAGAAUGACAUGGAAGUGGAGAGAUGCGAAAACGGAAAAGUCGCAUAUGGAAACAACAAUGAUUCUCAAUAUUUAGACAGGUCACAAACGUCUGAAUUUAUCAGAAUGUCGGAUGGAGAGUCAGAGAGUAAUUUCAAGCUCGGUGGCGACGCUGCUAGACCACUGGUACAGAAAGCUGUUGGUCCAGGCAAUGUACCGUACAUAACACUUCAACACAGACCAUUUCUUCCGCCUUUACGGCCACCUUGUCUGUAUAAUUUCAAACCAACUUUCCUACCCCUUUCUCACCCAGACAUGCUCUCUGGGAGGCGAUAUUAUAGGCGGCGGUCUAAUGGGGGAGAUGCAGCUCAACCGCCGGUACGAAAGCUUGUCCGCCGCAUUUUCACCAACACACGCGAACGCUGGCGGCAGCAGAACGUCAACGGAGCUUUUGCAGAAUUAAGAAAAUUAGUCCCUACCUACCCACCGGACAAAAAACUCAGUAAAAACGAAAUCUUAAGAUUAGCUAUCAAGUACAUCAACCUACUGGGAAACGUGGUUCGGUUUCAGAAGCAGCAGAACGGAGAGGAUGUCUCGGAAGAUCACAUUGUUAAUCCCCAGGAUUCGGAGAGCAGCAGGCAAGACCAGGAUUAUGAAGACCCGCCGUCUCCUUCAACCACGGCCUCUCAACUGGACUCUCCUUUGUCGUGUUAUUACGAUGACAGUAGCGACAUUGACGAAAGUGAGAUAGGAAUUUAUGAAGAACAACGAUAAACAAAAUUUCUUUUGAGAAUUCUAAUCAUGAUUGAAAUGUCAUGAAGCUAUUUAAUAAUCAAAAUCUACGAUUGAAAACGCACCGGAGCACCGUCGAGGAAUAGUAACACCCCGCCGUGCGAGUGUUUAUUAAUGUUUGUGGCUCUUUUGCUACCUGGGUUUUAGUGCUGAGGGAUUUGUUUAGGCAGACAGGUCCAGUGUUUUUUCUGCUCCGCAAACGAAAAAAUAAGAAAGGACACGCGAACGACUAAAGAUUCUGCAAAGCAAACAGCCGCGGGAAAUUUUGAUUUGACAGACAUGGAUACGACUGAAUGCAAUGGGUUAUUUUUACGAUUUAACGGCCGCGGACAUUUUAUCUGUUGAAAGAUAUUUCGAAGAAUCAAAUAAUGAAAAUAAGCACGCUAUGGGAAAUUUCUCUGUAAGUAACUCUUUGACAAAGCAUAAUCUUUUGACAUCAAUACUUUUAUUUUUUAUUACAAACUAUUUACAGUCUAUUCAGUUUUCACAUUAAUUACAAUGUACAUAAUAUAAUGCGCACCUUGUUGUAGACCUGUUACCCAAUAGAUUUUUUUCUUUAAAAUGCUUGUGUUAAAAUGUACAACUUUUGUAACACAUGGAAUAUUUCCUUGUAAGAGAAAUAUAACAAAUACAUUCAUAAUUUAACAGAUUGUAAUAUAGUAUAUAAGUUAUCUUAAUACAUUCCUUUAUUGCAUCGAAAAUACAUUAAAUUGGUAUUUUAUUAGAAAGAACACACAUUCAAAACAUUUGUAAAUGGUCCUCCCGAAACAUCUGCCGCAGAUAACUAGUGCUUUUAAAAUGAUAAACAUCUUUUCAAACCAAAAAAUCCCAUCAAUUCCUUUCAUCAACAAAGCUGCCUUAAGGACAAACGACGCGUGCUCAUACUAGACUUCUUUCCCUCUUAUUUUACUUGGAGAAAGGGGCACUCUUUGGGUAUUUGAAGGGUAAUAUUUUGUCGUUUCUGUAUAAAUCAGACCUCUGUCGCGUCUCGGCGAAAAAAGAGUAGAGGUCCCGGGUAAUAAUAAUAAUAAGCAUUAACAAAAGAAUUCUGUAGGCCUACAUUAAAAUAACCAAUAUUGUCAUGAUCUCAAUUGUUACCAGUUCUACUGGUAUCAUUAAUACUGAUUACUUUCACACAUGAUCAUGUAAAAGAUACAAUAAUUCCCCCCAUUUCCAAAAAGAGUCGUAUUUCUUUUUCAUACAGAACCUCAUCAUCAGAAAGUAUUAUGUUAUACAAAAGUGCGUCUCUCAUUGAAAUGCUAUUAGAAAUACAUGCAAUAUAAAUAGUAUAAGAUUUCCCAUUGCUAAAACAUCCUUAAUGGAUGAACUCCGAAUUUUAAGUAAAUAAUUGUGAAAUGUAAACUAUCCCAUACAUGAGUUCACAUCUCUCCAUGUCUUAGAACACACAUUUUAGUUACUCUACUGGACUUGCUCCAGCAUACAAUCUUUCAUAAUGUUUGAGAGAAAAUUACUCUUAUAUCGACCAUAAGAAAAAUACCAACAAGACGAUAAUAAUAAUAAUAAUAAUAACAACUAUAGAAGGACUCAUAGCUUAGACCUCUGCAAAGGCAGCUCAAUUCUGGUUCUCAUUAUUAAUUAAUUAUUUAUUGGAUCACCAACAAAUACUAAUCAAUUUUAGAUUUUAGUCCAUUUUUGACCUGAAUUAUUUUUUUUUUCAAAAUCCAUCCAUAGCUUUUUGAGGCUGAUA